AUGAACCACAAGGGCAUGAAGGGGAGUGACGAGCGAACCCCCCUCUGGGAACCCGAGUGGGCGACGAACGGCAGCUACUUUGUUUUCCGCAAACUGGCGCAAGACGUGGAAGCAUUCCACAAACGCGCGGAAGAACUUGCCAACGACAAGGAGCUAGACUUGAAGAUGACUCCCAAACAGCUGGAAGCACGCUUUGUCGGCCGAUGGCACAGCGGCGCUCCAAUUGAGUUGUAUCCAACGCAAGACCCUGGACCUGGCUACUCGGACAACAACUGGGAUUACGAAGACCCUCACCAUGAGCUGCAUUGCCCGUACGGAUCUCACAUCCGCAAGUGCAACCCCCGAAACACCUUCAGGCAGGUGAAAGACAAGGACCUGAGCUUGAUAAUGCGCCGCGGCAUCCCUUACGGAUCAAGAUGGAGCGAAAGCACCAAAAACGAGCCCCGAGGUCUUUUGUUCGGAUGCUACCAGAGCAGUCUCCAGAAUGGUUACUGUGCUAUUAUGAACAAGUGGUGCAACAAUGAUGGAUUCCCGCUCCAGCAUUCGGGACAAGAUGUGCUUGUGGCACAACCCAUCAAGGGCGCCGUUGAUCCCAAGGAUCAAACACUGCACGCUAACCUCUAUGGCUUGUGUGAAGAUGGGAAACCUCACAAGCUACGUCCUGACGGAAAGCAUCCAGAAGAGAGAAAAAAGCGUUGCAAUUUCCCCAGCUUCAUCAAGCCCCGUGGUGGGGAGUAUUUCUUCACGCCCCCCAUUUCCUUCUUUACGAAGCUGGUCGAGGGGCCGCCGGCCAUGGACGACGACGACGAAGAGGAAGAGGAAGAAGAAUGA